AUGAUCGUCCGAGGCUGCCGCACUGGCCUCGCACCGCGCAAUGCCCCACCCGCCACCGACGUCGCAGCCGCCCUCGCCCAACUCCCACCCUUCCUCGUCCCUUCGUUCGCCUCGGACCGUCAACGGCCACCUCGCGGCAGUGGCGGCGGGCCAGCGUCAUCGGCAGCGCUCAAGAGGACGGUCACUACGCCGUCGACCACCGCAUCCGCUUCGACCACCACCUCCCUGUCCCACCGCUCGACCAUCUACGACCAUCCCCUCGCACCCACAUCACCCCGCUCCUGCACGAUCGCUGCGCCAGGCGCUCCCUAUCGGCGACGCGCUUCCACUCUCGUCACCGCUCGAUCACCUCCGCCGCCGCCAGCUCGACCAGUCGGCAAGGGCAAGGAGCGAGCCGCUGUGAGCGAGGCGAUGGCAGAGCAGGGUCGAGGAGCAGAAGAUGGACAGAAGGGAGAGGCAGGAGGGCUCGUGUCCGGCAGCUCGGCGGGGCGCCCGUCACGGUCGGCGCCGCCGCCGCCGUCGUGCCACGAGGCGCAGCGCAGCGGCGCCGAGCACGAGCCCGUCCAUGCGGGUACGUCGACGACGUCGAAUGCCGUCGACGUGCUCGCACCGCGGCCCGCGAGCCGCAAGGACCUCAUGCUCGUCGCCAAAGAGCUCCCUCGGCGUCCUUCCCGCGACGAGUUCCGCGACGCGCGAGCUCGGCUCAAGGCGCUCGACGCGCUCGACGAUACGGCCGUCGUGCGCGCUCUCGGCGCGGCCGCCAUCCGCGCGCGGCUCGACAACGACGCGCUCCGCCUCGUGCACGAGUGCGCCAAGCUCGUCGCCGCCCGUCGACCCGCCGACGCCAAGGCGGCCGUCGUCGCCAUGUACGAGCAGCUCAUCGUCGCGCUCGAGCGGGCUCGGCGAUGGGACUCGGUCGUCGCGUUCACCAACGACGCCCUCGCGCUCGGCGUCGUCUCGCACUUCAUCCUCGCGCGGCGCAUCCGGGCCCUGCACGAGUCGCAGCGCUACGUCGACGCCAUCGCGACUUUCAAGCUCUUUGCGCGACACGGCAUCGAGCCCGACUGGCGCGACUACGACGAGGUCAUCAGCGCCCACCUCCUCAACGGCGAGCUGGCCAAGGCGCAGGACCUUCUCGCCGACAAGGUCCGCAAGGGCCUGCGCACGACGGCCCAGACGUGCCUCGUGCUCGUCGGCGGCAUGGUCCAGUACGGCGGCAACCGCAUCAUGGAGGAGCGGCUCCUCGAGCAGGCGAGCGACGACGAUCUCGUCAAGCGCAGGGCGAUGCGGCAGGACCCGCGCGUCCUCAACAAGAUCCUCUCGGUCCGCGCCGCGCGUGGCGCCCUCGCCGACGCCCUCGCCAUUCUCCCCCGCUUCGACCUCGCCCAGUACCCGCCCGACCUCGUCGACGCCAUCCUUUCCCUCUCGCCCUCCCCCGCCACCGCUCCACAUCCUCCCGCCGUCGCCGACUCGCACUGGCGUCCAGCACCCGACGCCUCGACGAUCGUCACGCUCGUCGGCCUCGUCCUGCGACAGCAGCAGCCGCAGCUCGCGCGCCGCCUCCUCGUCAGCUCGCUCGGCGCCGGGAUCCGGUUCAACGACUUCCUCGCCGCCGCCGUCGUGCGCACGUUGCUCGCGCAGCACAACCUCGACUCGGCGGCGAGCUUCGUCGAGGCGCUCUCGCAGGGCACGGCGACGCUCGGCGGGACGGCCCUCCCGGCGCUCGAGCCGUCGGUCAAGGUGUACGAGCUCCUGCUCGGCGGCAUGCUCCGGUACCGCGGCAUCCCGGGCGCCAACGCGUGCCUCGAGCGGCUGUCGGCGUCGAGCGGCAGCUCGAUGCAGGUGACCGAGGGCAUGACGCGCGCGCUCGUCGACCACCUCGCGCUCGACUCGGAGAGCGAGGUCGGCGUCUCGUCGAGCGUGCUCCUCAAGGUCAAGCAGAUGACGGGCAACAAGACGCGCCCGUCGGUCGCGCACCUCAACACGCUCCUGCGGGCGGCGUGGACGCGCGAGCGCCGGUGGCAGCACGACCUCGACGGGCCCGAGACGCCCCUCGAGUCCGAGUUCCCCAUGCCCGACGAGCCGCUCCCGCCCGAGCGCACCAAGCUCGACCGCGCACCGCCUCGGCCCGAGGCGCCGUCGUCGUCGUCGCAGUACGUCCCGCGCGAGGCCGAGCUCCUCAUCCCGUCCGGCGGCCGCCACGAGUCGAGCGUGUCGCGCCUGCGCGCCUCGCUCGCCGACCGCGACGUGCGCCACGACCGCGACACGUCGAGGCACAUCCUGCGCAACGACUACCUCAUCCGGUACAUCGCCGCCAAGUGGGACUACCUGCAGUCGCACGUCGUCGACCUCGGGAUCCGCCCGAGCUUCCACCACGUCGCCGUCCUCAUGCGCGCCUACCUGCGCCUCGGCGACGCCAAGGGUGCCCGCCUCGCCAUGCAGUACGCCGUCGACGACCUCGGCCUCGAGCCGCACCAGGCCUACUACACGACCCUGAUCGGCGGCCUCGCGCGCCUCGGCGAGUACGGCGCCGCCGUCAGCGUCUACGCCGAGUUCCGCAAGAGCGGGCUCGCGCACGAUCGCAACCUGUACGCGGCGCUCGCCAUGCUGUACGCGCGGCAGCGCGACGUCAAGGGCGUCGAGCGCGUGUUCGCCCUCAUGCAGGAGCAGGUCCGUGCGCGGGCGCUCGUCCCGCAGCUCCAGGCCCAGUCGCUCCGCCUCUCGAGUGCGGCGGGCCGCACGAUGCCCUCGUCGGCCGCAUCGUCGUCGUCCCAGGCGCCGGCGGCGGCAUCGUCGACGUCGAGCGGGAGCAGCACCGUCGACCCCGGCGCCGGGCUUCCCUCGACCCUCCUCACGCCCUACGACCCGACCCUCGACGCCCUCUUCCUCACCAUCCUGUACCGCACCCUCGUCAGCACCAACGAGUACCUCGCGGCGCAGCAGCGCGUGCACGACGCGUUCGCGCGAGGCCUCGUCCCAGACCGGCUCCUCCUCCACGCGCUGCAGCGCACGCGCAAGUGGAUCAAGUGGAAGGAGAACGCGUCGCACCGGGUCGGCGGCGUGCGCACGAGCGCGGUCGGGCGAGCGCGCGGCGCCGGGGCCGGCCUCGGCGGUCGUGCGGGCGAGGGCGACUUGUCGGUCGACGAGCUCGCCGAGGUCAAGCACCUCAAUGCGCUCAACAUCACGCAUGCGCGCAAGAUGCUGCGCCGCAUGAAGCCCGUCGUCGAGAAGAAGGAGCUGCGCGGCAUGCUCGACUACUGGCGGCGCGCCGAGAAGGAGCCGAGGCCGCUCGGGUUGGGCUCGAGGCGGGACGAGGAGGACGGUCAGGACUAGGCGCAUUCGCAACUUGCAGUACAUCCGUAGCACUCGCAGCAGCAGCUAUCUUUUUUUCGCACGUUUCCCCUUGCACUCGCAAUCGACUAGAUUCGUUUCUCUCGU